UUGGGUUCUGGAGGAAGGGCAAAUCUGGUAGAAAAACAUAGAAUUUUAAUUUUUUAAUCAAAUCAACAACAACUAGAAUUUCUAAGUGCAAUAGUUUAACAACAUUGGGAAAUCUAUUUUUCAAUGGAUUCUCUGUUAGUCAUCGACGGAAGUGUUCUUGAAGGUGGGGGACAAAUAUUGCGAAACGCCCUAAGCCUUAGUUGCAUCCUAAGAAGACCCAUUAAGGUGCAUAAAAUUCGAGCCGGCCGCCCGAAACCUGGAUUAGCAGCCCAACAUCUCUUUGGCCUUAAUCUUUUGCAGCAAAUAACAAACGGAAGAGUGACAGGCAAUGCAAUUGGAUCAACGUCGAUCGAGUUCCAUCCAGGCGAGAUACAAUCUGGCAAGUAUUAUGCAGACACAAAAACUGCGGCCAGUAUUUCUCUCUUGAUGCAAGUCGCUCUACCCGUUCUCAUGUUUGGAAAGAAUGUAUCAGAACUGGAACUUAAAGGUGGCACCAAUGCAGCGAUGGCUCCACCGGUGGACUUUAUGACAGAAAUAUUUAGGCCAAAUCUGGAAAAAUUCGGAACCACUUUUGACUUGGACCUCUUGCGCAGGGGAUACUUCCCCAAAGGUGGUGGACACUGCCGGGUAACAGUAUAUCCUGCUAAACAGCUUAAUCCAAUUGAAAUAAUUAAUUUUGGGGAAAUUGCUGAAGUAUUUGGUUGGAGCUACGUUGCAGGCGUACUUCCCCUGAAUAUAGCACAAGAGAUGGAAAAAGGAGCCGUAGACGUGCUUGAGAAAUGUGGAACUAAGAAAAUCAAUAUUGAGGUAUAUAAGGAAAGCCAGCAAAUGAGUAGAGAUCCAGGAUCUGGAAUAAUUCUGGGUGCAUCGACAAGUUCCGGUUGUGUAUUGGGAUCUUCGGCUUUGGGAGAUCCGAAAACAAAACCUUAUCAGAAAGCAGCUAGUGCUGCAAAUGAAUUGUUGUCUGCUAUUUGUAACAGAGAAUGCAUAGAUCAACAUGUCCAGGAUCAAUUGAUUAUUUAUAUGGCCCUUGCAAAUGGUACGAGUACAAUACAAACCGGGAAACUGACCACCCACACUUUGACUGCCAUACACGUAGCUGAGUUGAUGACUGGUGUUAAGUUCGAAACAACAGAAGACCCGCGCAGUGGAGUUUCGGUAGUAAAAUGCAAAGGCAUUGGAAUUAUUAAUAAUUCAAUGCCAAAUUCGGACAAAUAAUACAGCAAUUGGAAUGCAAAUUGGAAGACACACAAAUCAGAAUAUAAAUAUGCUUGUAACUCUUUCAAUAUUUUAUUUAUAUUUUAAUACUUAUUAAAUAUAUGACUGAUAUUAUUGUUAAUGGAAGUAAAGGUUAAUUUUAUAUAGGUACUAUAUAUAUACUAUAUAUA